CACUCUGGCAGGGCUGGCUAUUCUAGUCACAGAAGAAAAGAGGAGACAGAGCUUUCUGAUGUUCUGGAUGGGUGACUAGAAGAAUUUUUGUCAAAGUGAAAACAAAGCACAAUGCGCAUCUCCUUCCAGGGUUGUUGUGGAAUCUCUUUGCCCUUCUGUCGGAAUUGAAGUUGUUCUUUUCAAGCCACUAAAUGAUGGAACAGGUCAACUAUUGCCCCAGAGAGCUUCAUUUUACUCCUGUUUGUCUGCCUUUUCGUAGUUGGAUUUUUGUCUUCAGUCCCAAGAAAAGUGUCCCUUGCUGAUCCUGGAUGUUUCUGGAAUUGAAGAUUACAGUUUUUCACAGGGGUUUAAUGGAGUUGCUGCCACUUUAGUACAAGUGCUGAACAGAACAACAGCUUGCAGAUGAACAUGGAUCCCCACUGUUUGCAUCCCUCUUGUUUGGAUGUUAAAAUCUUGCUACUUUUGGGAGCAGUUGAAUGACAGUUCUUUCAUCUGGACCUGGAGGCAUUCUUUGGCCCAUUGUGGGGAGUUACCAGCUCAAACUUUUGCUACAGAAAUUGACUGCUCUGCACCUCCAUUUCUGUUGAGCACUUAAGCAACAGGAGACUCAAACAGAUAAAGACCCUCUCUGUGUUUGGGGCUAAAUGUGAACAAUGUCUUGGAAAAGGAAUUAUUUUUCUGUAGGACGGGGAAGUGUGCAGGGGAUGUUUGCCCCACGGAGUACAACUUCCAUAGCUCCUAGCAAAGGUCUCAGCAAUGAGCCUGGACAAAAUAGCUGCUUCCUCAAUAGUGCCCUGCAGGUUCUAUGGCACUUGGACAUCUUCCGUCGAAGCUUUAGACAACUCACUACACACAAGUGCAUGGGAGACUCCUGCAUCUUUUGUGCUCUCAAAGGAAUCUUCAACCAGUUUCAGUGUAGCAGUGAGAAAGUCCUUCCUUCUGACACGCUUCGAAGUGCUUUAGCAAAGACUUUUCAGGAUGAGCAGCGCUUCCAGUUGGGUAUUAUGGAUGAUGCUGCUGAAUGUUUUGAGAACCUUCUGAUGAGGAUUCACUUCCACAUUGCAGACGAAACCAAAGAGGACAUUUGCACUGCUGCUCAUUGCAUAUCUCACCAGAAGUUUGCGAUGACUUUGUUUGAACAGUGUGUAUGUACUAGCUGUGGUGCCACCUCUGACCCACUGCCCUUUAUCCAGAUGGUACAUUAUAUCUCUACCACUUCCCUUUGCAACCAGGCAAUUUGUAUGUUGGAGAGGCGAGAGAAACCUUCCCCAGGCAUGUUUGGUGAACUGCUGCAAAAAGCCAGCACCAUGGGUGAUCUUCGGAACUGCCCGAGUAACUGUGGAGAGAAGAUCCGGAUUCGACGUGUACUGAUGAAUGCCCCACAGAUUAUCACCAUUGGGCUUGUAUGGGACUCAGACCAUUCAGACCUGGCAGAAGAUGUCAUCCACAGCCUGGGUACUUGCCUCAAACUGGGUGAUCUGUUUUUCAGAGUAACAGAUGACCGAGCCAAGCAGUCUGAAUUGUAUUUAGUGGGAAUGAUCUGUUAUUAUGGCAAACAUUAUUCUACUUUCUUUUUCCAAACAAAGAUCCGCAAAUGGAUGUAUUUUGAUGAUGCCCAUGUAAAAGAGAUUGGGCCCAAGUGGAAGGAUGUGGUAACCAAAUGCAUCAAGGGACAUUAUCAGCCUCUGCUGUUGCUCUAUGCUGACCCCCGAGGUACCCCGGUAUCUACCCAGGAUUUGCCCCCUCAGAUGGAGCCCCAGUCAUACAGUAGGACAUGCUAUGAUAGUGAAGACUCGGGGAGGGAGCCUUCCAUCUCCAGUGAUACCCGGACAGAUUCAUCAACAGACAGCUAUCCCUGCAAACACUCCCACCAUGAGUCUGUGGUCAGUCACUUCUCAUCUGAUUCCCAGGGGACAGUGAUCUACAACGUGGAGAAUGACUCUUUAUCUCAGAGCAGUCGGGACACAGGACAUCUGACUGACAGUGAAUGUAACCAGAAGCACAUAGCCAAAAAGGGUUCGUUGACAGAACGGAAGAGGAACUCCGGUCGGAGUCGGAGGAGAGGUGAUGAGCCACAGUCCUCUGGGUACCACAGUGAAGGAGAAACACUGAAGGAGAAGCAAGCGCCAAGGAGUGCCCCAAAGCCACCCAGCAGCACCAACAGACUAAAGGAUUUUAAAGAAACAGUUAGCAAUAUCAUCCAUAACAGACCAUCCCUGACUUCCCAAACCAACCAAGGAUCUCCCUGUGUGGGAAAAGUUGACCACGCUGAAAAACGACCCCCUCGGAGCCUACCCUUGCACUGUCAGGACUGGGAAGUGGAGAGCACCAGCAGUGAGUCUAAAUCCAGUUCAUCCAGCAAGUACCGUCCAACAUGGAGACCUAAACGUGAGUCUCUGAAUAUUGACAGCAUCUUCAGUAAGGACAAAAGGAAGCAUUGUGGCUAUACCCAGCUCAGUCCAUUCUCUGAGGACCCAGCUAAAGAGUGUACCUCAAAUGAACUAAACAAACCAACUGCCUAUGACUCCAAAACCAAUGGGCCAAGCCUAAGGCACAAGAACUGGGGCCAACCCCGACCUGGUAUUCAUCUUAUGGACCAGCAUCCUCAAUUAAUCCAGAGGAUGGAAUCUGGCUAUGAGAGCAGCGAGAGGAACAGUAACAGCCCUGUCAGUCUGGAUGCAACUCUGCCAGAGAGCUCUGGCACCUCCAGGGAUACAAAUGUGAAAAGAGCGCCUGGGUUGGUCCCUGCCUGGCGUCAGAUCCCAAAGUCACACAGCAGCAGCAGCAUCCUGGAGGUGGAAUUGAUCUCAUCCAAAAGUGGCUGGACAAAGAACCAGCCCCUCCCCUGGAAGGACAAGAGCACAGACAGGGAGUUGUCUUCAUCCUCUAAAAGUGAGCUGGAUGAACUCCAGGAAGAGGUGGCUCGGAGGGCCCAGGAACAAGAACUCCGAAGGAAGCGGGAGAAGGAAUUAGAGGAGGCUCGAGGGUUCAACCCACACCCCAGCCGCUUCAUGGACCUGGAUGAGCUUCAGCAUCAGGGGAGGCGUGACCACUCUGAGAGGUCCACCCGAGAGGCUGACUCUGUGUUGGAGGAAGUGCUGCGCCGUGAGCAGAGAGGAGACUGUGCUACAGCUUUGGCUCUCUGUAACGAAGCAAUUUCUAAACUAAGACUUGCCCUGCAUGGUGCCAGCUCUAGCACGCUCAGCAGAACCAUAGUUGAUAAGAAGUUACAAAUCUGUAUCCGAAAAGCACGGAGCCUCCAGGAUCGCAUGCAGCAACAGCAACUGCCGCCGCCGCCAUCACCACCACCGCCGUUGGGGGGCUCCCUCCCUCAGCCAACAAGUGAACAGUCUGUCCCGCUCCAAGUACUGUUAAGUCAGGAGGCACAGCUGGAGCCCAGCAAGGACAUCGAGUUUGGAACCAGCUCUUUCUUCCCCUCAUCUACUUCCUGCCAUGAAUCUCACUCAUUACUGUCUUCAGAGUCACCCCCCUCACCCACCCCCAGAAGGUCCUUCCCCGACCUCUUGACUUCCUCUGCUAAUGGGGAUGGCCAUGCUUUUUCUGCUUUCUGCAGGCAAGGCUUAUCCCCCAAGCUGAGGAGACCUGAGAAGGGGUCUCCCCAAGGUAGGGAACCUGCAGGAGCCCCAACAGAGGGGCUGCCGGGCUGUUGGGGCAGCAGGACUCCCACUCAGGAAGGGAGAGGUGCUGGCCAGCAGCAGUGCCGAGAGAAAAGUGGUCCUGCAGUUUUGCCUGCCCUGGUGCCUCCCUGCUCAGAUUUGGCCCCCGUGGUCCCCCCUGACAGGAGGGAUUCCCACAGCCCUGGCUGUGAUCCUUCAAGUUGUUCAGUUUGGUCUAGCCUCACCAUGCAUGGGGCCUGUCACCCCAAAGUACCUACAGCUUCCUCACAUUUGCUUCAUUUUCCUCCAGAUUCUACACAGAAAACUAACAGGUGCCCCCAAACUAAUAGUCAUGAAACUUUAUUUGUUUCACAAAGGGAGCAGGGCACCGAAGAGGUCUUGAAGCCAGAAGUCCCGGGCACAAAGGGGCUUGUUCGUUCCCUGGCAGAGCAGUUCCAGAGAAUGCAUGGGGUUUCCCCAAAGGAGCAUACUUAUGAAAGAAACUGGGUGGCUACAGGUCCCCAAGAUAGGAAACUGAUAACUAGGUUGAAAAAAGAGUCACUCCCUUCAGACUCCAGGAUAUCUAUCCCACAGGGACAAGGGAAUGGUCACUCUUCUUGGGAAAAACAACAUCAUUCCUUGGAUGGAAGGGAUAGGCAGACUUCCUGGGAAGGGCCCUCUGGUCACCAUGCUCUUUCCAUAAGCCCUUCCCCACACAGCAGUGACGUUCCCUGGGGAGCAGGAUUAAAUGUGGCAGAAUCAGCCAUGCUCCCAGGGAAGCUGUCACAGGUGGAAGAUGUUAGGCCAAAGGAGGUAGGCAGUGGCGAUGACUUAGUGACUUCUCUUUCCCUGGACCAUUGGGUGGGCAAUAUUAGGCUCUCUGGUUCUUACCCUGAUCAUGAAAAGGGCACAUGGAUUCAUGGGCCUGGGAGGAACCCUUCCCCUCAAGAUCCCUGCAUUGGUCUCAUCCAUCCUGAGAGAAACCAUAUGCAUCUACACCCACACUGGAAUGAGGACACAGAGCAGGAGGUCUCCGAGUUGGAGUCUCUUUAUCAGGCCAGUCUGUGGACAUCUCAGGCCAGCCAGCCUGGGCCAGAGAGGCAGGAUAUAUCACAGCAACCCCUUGGGCAUCCAGGCUCCACAAACAUUAUAGGGAGGAGACUUCACUCGGCCCCUGGCUUUGAUCUCUCGCAGAUGCCAGCAAUAGAAAUGGAACACAGUCUCCAUGGGGCAAGCAUGGUACCUGCCUCUCAGGCCACAUCUUGCCGAGGCUCGCUGAAGGAGGAUGAAGGAGAGCUGUACACUGCAGAGAAUUUCCGACGAAUUUCACGCAGUCUCAGUGGCACAGUUGUCUCGGGCAAGGAGGAACCCCGCGUGUCUUCUCACAGUUUUGAAACUUCAAACGUGAGGAAAAAGCCUUUGGAAACCAGGCACCGUUGUUCCAGCUCCUCUUCCCUCUCUGUCAUCCAUGACCCUCCUGUAUUCCUCCCCAAUCCCCAAAUCCUCCCUCCCCAGCCACAGCUCCUGUCCCCUGAUGUCCUGAUGCCCACCAUGGCAGGGGAGCCCCAUAGAUCCCCAGGAACUUCACGGAGUAUCCAACAGCUUCUGGUUAUGUGUGACAGGGGUGAAGCUUCCCAAGGGGCCAAAUACACAGGGGGGACCCUGACCUACAAGAGCCUCCCACGCCCUUCAAGAGCUGAUUUCUCCUGGAGCCCACUGCCAGAGGCCAACCAGCAUUCUGAGACCAGAGCCUCAGCUACUUCAGGGCUCUGGCCACAGCUGACCAACACUGCCACACUGCCAGACAGAAGCCAGGGACUCCAGGAUCCACAUGCCCAGUCGUGGGGGAGACUCUUUCAUCCACACUCACACUCUCCCAUUGCCUGCAAUCCAUCAUCAUUGCCCAGCACUCUUUCUAUGCCCGUGGAGAUAGCGCAGAAUUCCAGCCUUAUACCUAGUUCCUCCCGGGGCCCUGGACCCAGAAGAGUGGACAUACCCCCUGAUGAUGACUGGAGGAAGAACACUUAUACCCCUCAACCUGGACAUAGGAGAACAGGAGGAAAUGGGCCUCUUUUUGCCACCUCAGAUGUCCAUCGAAGGGGGCUGACAUGGGCUGCAGCCCCACAGCCCAGUGGGUGGUGAAGGGCUCUUCUUUACUCUUCUUGGCUUGUUCUUUUCUUUCACAUUAAUGUGCCAUGUCAGAGCUGGUGCCCGAUAUUGCUGUCAUUGCUGUUCCAGGAUCAUUUAAGUAUAGGUCUCUGUGUCCUCAGUGGUUCUGGAAUCUCAAGAGACACUUGGCUGAUAGGAAUCCCAGUUUAAAUUCUCCUUGAAAAAAUGGGUAGCUGCUUUAGGGUGGGGUGCUGCCAAAGGGUAAUUUUGACUUAAUUGUAGCCUUAGAACCACUCAGAAUUUUAAAGGUCAGCCCAUAAAAUGUCACUGAUCAACAUCUCAAGGUCAUCUACCUGAUUUUUGUCCCCAAAUCUCUUUGUCCCUAUCCCUUGCUGCGGUCCCAUUAUCUGGCGCCUUCCUCCCCACCCCCCAUGUUCAUGUUCUCUUUGGUUCUGUAGGCCUCUUCUCUUCCCUUGUAGACCUCCCUUCCCUCUGUGUUCUCUUCCUUCCCUACAACCCUGUCACCCCACCCUCACUACUUCCUUUCCCCCCUCCGCCCUCCUUCCCCCCCAAUUCUAGACACAUAUGGUUGUAUAGUUUCUAUCCUUGUCUUGUGUCUGGCCAAGGAAGGGAGCCUAGCUGGUCAAGGAGCCUAGCCUGAGACUCCCCUCCCACCCAUACAUGUACAUACCCACUCACACACACUUCUCACAGUAGAGAAUAUGGGUGGAGUUGCCAGCACAUACACUUAUACCCUUGCCUUCCUACAGACACACUAACCAAGUCAAGCACACUAACCCCUCUUCCAAGCAGCAGAUCCAUUACUGCCACUCACUCACUUGCCAUUGUAAACACUCAGAAUAAGUUGAAGUAUUUUAGGGACAAACAUAACUGUUUUUGUAAAAUAUUUUUGAAUAAAUCUGAGAGUUCUAUUUAACACUU